AUGCAAAAGGGGCAUUCCUUCAAGGCAGAGCUGGCCACAAACCAAGCUGCCUUUGAGCGCUCGCUGGGGGCCGAGGUCCUGAACGAGGAGACGUGGCGAAAGGCCAGCCUUGACUUCUUCAAGCUCGUUGGCCUCGGCAUCCGUGACUGUUGCACGUUGUGCGGGCCUCAUCCCAAGGUCCUCCUCUGCGACGGGAUCGUGGGGCUUGCCAACUCGGAUGGGGGAAAGAAGCCGGGGGGCCUCGGCAGCACAACUCUAGAUGCUCGGCGGACAAUGGUGCAUCCGAGUCGGUUUGCAAACGGGGAGCUGCUUGAGAAGCGGUCCAUCUCCGGUCGGGACUAUUGCGGGGCGGGUCUGGAAGGAGGGGGAAUGAAGCGAAAACUUCUCCUUCAGCCUGAGCUUCGAGAGGCGGUCGCGCGUCUCUCACAGCACCGACCAAAGGACGAGAAGCUUGGACCAAGGCUCUCAAAGGCGGGCUUCUUGAGCCUCUUGGACGGCCUAGCGCACGAGGACCCUCGCGUGGUGAAAGGCAUCGGUCCGGGCGAGGCGGAGGGUCCGCUACCGGAGGACGGCAAGAGGCGUCUGCUGACGGAGCAGCGAACCAUGGUGAGGGACCGCAACCUUGCGGUUUACGAGCUCCUAAGGGGCAUCCAAGCGGACUUUGAGGCGAGAGGGAUGAAUCCCAACCUCUGGGAGAGCUGGGUUGGGGAGUGGACCGAGUUGCUUUAUUCGUUGGGGGCCCACGACUCGGACGAGGAUCUGAUCGGAGGGGCCGCUCUCGGCGUGAUCCACAAGUUGCUUCUUGGGGGCGAGGCUUUGCUCGAGGACCGGCGGCAAAUGGGGAGAGCGGCCCCAAUCCUGAGGCGGAUCCUGGACGCACAUGGAGGGCUCACCUUUCCCGCCUUCUUCAUGGGGACACUCCAUCAGCUUUACCUUCUAACGCUCGCCGCAAGAGGAACGACAGGGUUCGAAGUGGAAGGGGAGUUUGGGUGGGUUUACCAAGCGGUCCGGCCGUUUGACGAGGCCGUUUGGCUGCUGCGUGAGGCGAGAGAGAGACCUCUGUCGCAAGAGGAGAGCGGGCGUUUGGAAAAGGCGCGCGCUCUGGCAAACGAGCUCCUUCCGGGCGUCGAGAACUUGAGUCCAAGCCCACAGCAAUGGCGCUCGAUGAGCGAGAGGCAGAGGGCCUUGCUCUGGGACCGUUUGGGGCGCGACGAGGAGGGGGUUGAGUUGCAUCCAUUGCCAAAGGGACACGCCUUCAGAGCCGAGCAAGACGCGCUGGCGCACUAUAGCUUUCCGGGGUGGGAGCAAAAGCGAGGCCUGCCACAAUACAGCAGCUUUGAGCACUCGGAUGGUCGUAGUCGAAGCUCGGAGGAGUUCAAGUGUGCAACUGGGAGAAGCGUCACGGAAUGGGACGCUGAGAACGUGCCUGGCCUGGUCAAGGGGGGAGGCAAAAUGGUGAAGAGGGGGGGCGGUGCAAAGCGGCCCAAUCGAAGUAGAGGGGUGUUCGUGUUUUGUUGUCCCCAUCGUAUGAUCUAUGGGUUCCACGUGAUGCUGCGAGGCGAGAGUCCACGGGACCCAUUUGCGGUGCUUUACACGCGGUUGAGGCGCGAGCAUCUCCCAAAGACGCUCGUUUUUGACAACGCGUGUGCCCUGCGCAACUACUGUAUGAGGCGGGCCCCGGCGCAUUUUGCGGAUGUACGAUUUCUGGUGGAUAGGUUUCACUACGCAAAGGCGGGCGCGGAGGUUCACAAAUGUGGGCCGAGCAACUCCGCGGACAGCUACGACUCGCUUUGCUGGAUGAACACGAGCGCGGUGGAGUCCGUCAACAGCUUCUUGAAGGGCUUUCGGUCCUUGGGGUGGUACAGCGGCCUGGACAACUUCAUGGUCAUCCUCCCGCUUCUCCUCGAUGCCUACAACGCUGGGCUGAAGCGCGUUGACGACGGAAAGCUCUGUAUAGCAAUAGCAGCGAGCUGCUGGUCGGUUGGGGUGCGACACAGACUGCUGUUGGGCUAG